CAUCAAUUUCAAUUUUACUAGAGGAAAAAUUAUGAAUUACAGAUAUGAUUCUGGAAGGUUCGAAGAGAUUACUUGAAAUUAGGGGCAUAUGAAAUUUGAAAGAAAAAAAAGUUUAAAUGCGUCAAUAGUGUUUGUGGAUAGUAGCUCAAAAAAAAAAAGAAAAGGAAAGAAAAUACAACAAUUUCAUAGUCUUAGAAUUUGAAUGCAAUAAACAGUCAUGUGUUUAUUUUACACAUUUUAAGCCUUUGAAGGUAUUUUUCUUGGCUGUAUGCAAUAUUUUCUUCGGGGCACUAAUUGAAAAUGACGUUCGAAAAUGAUCUGACUAAUGAGCAAAAAGCUGCGAUUGAAGAGUUGAAAAGAAGAACAAUAAAUGACAUAACUCCAAAGAUGCGUGAAGAUGAAACGCUAUAUUAUAGAUUUCUGAAAGCUCGCGAUUUCGACUUAGAAGACAGUGAAACUAUGUUAAGAAAACAUAUUGCUUGGCGUAAAGAAUUCCAGGUGGAUACGAUUUUGACCGAUUUUAAGCCUCCAGAAGUAUUGGUGAAAUGCCUUCCAUUUACCUUUAUUGGACACGAUAGGGAAGGAAGUCCUGUAAUAUACGCUGAUAUGAAUUGUGAUGUAAACGGAAUUUUAAGGUCUGCUAGGAAAAUAGACCUUUUCAAGUACGUAAUACUUGUUAUCGAAAAACUCAUUGAAGAUAUGAAGGAACAAAGUGUAAAGCAAGGGAAGGCAGUUACAACUAUGGUGCAAAUAUUUGACUAUGGCAAGAUGACAUUUGCCAAAGCUACGAAUAAAAAAUCUAUAGAACUCGCGAAGUUUGUAGUAAGUUUGUUUCAAGACAACUAUCCAGAAAAACUGAAAGUCGUAUUUGACAUUAAUGCGUCAUUUUACUUCACUUUAUUUUUCCCCCUCGUAAAAGUAAUUAUUGCUCCUGCAGUCUACAAUAAGAUUCGUUUUUAUGGUACAGAAAAUUGGAAGGAAGAUCUUCUUGAAAUCAUUGAUGCAGACGAACUUCCAGCCUUUCUUGGCGGAAACCGAACUGAUCCUGAUGGACAUCCUAUGUGCAACAGUUUUGUAAAUCAUGCGGAAACAGUACCUGAAAGUUAUUAUUUGAAGAAAUCAGAGAAAAUACUCUGUAAUACUCCUGGAGUAGAAAAAAUUACCGUUUCCCGUUUCUCGAAAGAAACUCUUACCUUUGAAGUGAAAGAAGCUAAUUCAUUUUUGGAGUGGGAAUUCGAAACAAAAAACAAAGACAUAGGAUUUAGUGUGCAUUUUAAGGUAAAUGAUUCAAAGAUUGUUGAAGUUUUACCGAAACAAAGGAUGGAUACAUACUACGGAUCAGAAACUGGUGUUUACAGAUGUGAAAAGCCUGGGACAUAUAUUGUUUCGUUUGAUAAUUCCUACAGUUGGAUAUAUAAAAAGGAGAUUUACUAUAAAAUGAGGAUAAUUGGAUCGAAAUCUAUCUAGUCUUUUCGAUGAGGAGAAAUUUUAUGUAGAAGUAGAGAAGAAUUAUUACAUAGGAAGAAUUAUUGCAUAGGUGGAAUUACUGCAUAGAAAAAUUAUUGCAUAAGAGGAAUUGCAAAUUAUUGAAUAGGAGGGAAAAUUAUUGCAUAGAAAGAAUUAUUAUGCCCACAAAGAAUUAUUGCUCAGAAAGAAUCAUUGCACUCACAUUAUGCUUGCAAACAAUUAUAUAGAUUUAAUGCAAAUUAAUUCUUUUGCCGAGUAGUAUUCUUAUUGUAAAUAUGUUGUGUAUGGUUUGAAUAAAUAUUUCAAAUGAUUAAAUUAGAUUGUACUCUGUAUUAUUACUAUGUAUCAAAAUACUUAUUCUAUAUAAUUUAAAAAAUAAUUAUUGAGAUUUUAAUUACUAUUUCAAUUUAAACUUCCUACUUAAAUAUACAUGUUUGUAUAUUUAGUUAGUAUUGUUUAUACACUGGUGGACAAAAUUAAGAGAUGGAAGACAUUUUCCCAAAUAUCUAAAAAAAUACUGAAUAUAAAUAAAUGAAAUUUGGUAUGGAUAUAGCUUAUACCAUGAUAAUAAAGUAUGCAAAACAAAAAUGAAAGUGCCAUUCACUGGCAAGACCUAUUUCCAAUAAAUCCAAUGUAGUCUGAACUUAAGGAUAAAAGAUGACAAUAAAAGUGAGGCUUGUACAGUGUGUGUUACCUCUAGUAUGGUGUAUGGUCACCCCUGACAGACAGACAGCAUGCACAACGAGUAUGCAUGCUGUUAAUAAGGGAGUAAAGGAGGGGUUGUGGAAGACCCUUCCAUUCUUCCACCAGAGCAAUUUUUAACUCUAGAAUGGUUCUGGGGGGAGGUUGGCGCAUCACAAUAGCUCCCCCAAGAGCAUCCCAAGCAUUUUCAAUAGGAUUCAGGUCAGGGAAUUUGGCUGACCAAACCAUUCGUUGAAUGUCCUCUCUUUCCAGAUACUCAUCAACCAUGAGAGCCCUAUGUGGUCGCGCAUUGUCGUCCAUAAAAAUGAACUCAGGGCCAACAGCGCUCCUGAAAAGACGCACAUAGGGCUCUAAGACCUCCUGCCUGUACCUCUGAGCAUUCACGGAACCAUUGUCAAACACAUGGAGCGGUGUGCGGGUAUCUUGCAUGAUCCCUGCCCAAACCAUGAGUCCUCCACCAGCAUAAUGGUCCCUUUCGAUAAUGUUGAUGGGAUGGUAUCGGGUUCCAGGUUCCCUCCAUAUCAAUAACCGUCCAGAAUCAGGUUGUAGACUGAUUCUGGACUCAUCGGUGAAGAGAACAUUAGCCCAUUGAAGCUGUGUCCAAUUCUGAUGUUGUCUGCAUCAUUCUGCACGCGCUCUUUUGUGUGAGUGGGAUGCAAAUAGCGGGCUUCCUGGCAUACAGCCCUCUUUCAUGGAGUCUUCUCGAAACUGUCUUACUCGAAAUUGAUGUUCCUGUAGCAGCCGCGAGGUCCCUAGACAAUUGAGUGGCUGUAGCCGUCCUCUGGCGCUUAGCUGAAACGAACAAAUACCGGUCUUCAUUGGCUUUUGUAGCCCUCGGACGACCUUGUCCUGGUCGUCUGCAUACUGUCCCACUAGUUUUAAAUUGACUCCACAAACUGGAAAUAACGCUUGGUGUUACAUCCAAUUCCCUAGCAACCUGAGCUUGGUACUGGCCUGCCUCAAGUAUACCCACAAUUCUCCACCUCAUACCAUCUUCUAAACGAUGAUGUUCACUCAUUUCACCUAAAAACCAGCAAGAAACAACACGAUUAUUCCAAAAAUGCACUUAAUUCUGCAACUGUGUUGAAGAGUGGAAUGAGAUGAACAGCUCGAUGCGGACUUUUAUACCUCCUGCUGGCUUAGCAAUGCCCACAAGAAUACUUAAACUUAUCUCAGGGCCAAUAGCGCAACAGUGACUAUAUAUGGCCAUCAACUGUCCAGGUUUUGUGCGGUAUUUUUAGAAAAAAUGUGAGAAAAUGCUUUCCAUCUCUUAAUUUUGUCCACCAGUGUAUUUCUUAUCAGAUCUGUUAAAUCAGUUUUCAGCACCAGAAACAAUGUAUUGUAUAUAAUUUAGUUAAAUUUUUCUGACAUAUAUAAAUGUUCAAAAUCUUUGAAUUCUCUUAUGAUCUUAAAUAUAUUACAUAGUUUAAUUUUCAAAUAACUGAUUUUUUUUUCAAAACCACUAAACUGUUUUUUUUUCAGCGACAAUGGUAUUUUAUAAAAUCUAAUUGCAUUUUAUGUGAUUUAAAUAAAGGAUUCAAAUAUAUUUACUUUCAACAAAAAAUGCUUAUAUAUCGCUUGAUUAAAA